AUGAUGAUGAUGAUGAUGAUGAUGAUGAUGAUGAUGAUGAUGAUGAUGAUGAUGAUGAUGAUGAUGAUGAUGAUGAUGAUGAUGAUGAUGAUGAUGAUGAUGAUGAUGAUGAUGAUGAUGAUGAUGAUGAUGAUGAUGAUGAUGAUGAUGAUGAUGAUGAUGAUGAUGAUGAUGAUGAUGAUGAUGAUGAUGAUGAUGAUGAUGAUGAUGAUGAUGAUGAUGAUGAUGAUGAUGAUGAUGAUGAUGAUGAUGAUGAUGAUGAUGAUGAUGAUGAUGAUGAUGAUGAUGAUGAUGAUGAUGAUGAUGAUGAUGAUGAUGAUGAUGAUGAUGAUGAUGAUGAUGAUGAUGAUGAUGAUGAUGAUGAUGAUGAUGAUGAUGAUGAUGAUGAUGAUGAUGAUGAUGAUGAUGAUGAUGAUGAUGAUGAUGAUGAUGAUGAUGAUGAUGAUGAUGAUGAUGAUGAUGAUGAUGAUGAUGAUGAUGAUGAUGAUGAUGAUGAUGAUGAUGAUGAUGAUGAUGAUGAUGAUGAUGAUGAUGAUGAUGAUGAUGAUGAUGAUGAUGAUGAUGAUGAUGAUGAUGAUGAUGAUGAUGAUGAUGAUGAUGAUGAUGAUGAUGAUGAUGAUGAUGAUGAUGAUGAUGAUGAUGAUGAUGAUGAUGAUGAUGAUGAUGAUGAUGAUGAUGAUGAUGAUGAUGAUGAUGAUGAUGAUGAUGAUGAUGAUGAUGAUGAUGAUGAUGAUGAUGAUGAUGAUGAUGAUGAUGAUGAUGAUGAUGAUGAUGAUGAUGAUGAUGAUGAUGAUGAUGAUGAUGAUGAUGAUGAUGAUGAUGAUGAUGAUGAUGAUGAUGAUGAUGAUGAUGAUGAUGAUGAUGAUGAUGAUGAUGAUGAUGAUGAUGAUGAUGAUGAUGAUGAUGAUGAUGAUGAUGAUGAUGAUGAUGAUGAUGAUGAUGAUGAUGAUGAUGAUGAUGAUGAUGAUGAUGAUGAUGAUGAUGAUGAUGAUGAUGAUGAUGAUGAUGAUGAUGAUGAUGAUGAUGAUGAUGAUGAUGAUGAUGAUGAUGAUGAUGAUGAUGAUGAUGAUGAUGAUGAUGAUGAUGAUGAUGAUGAUGAUGAUGAUGAUGAUGAUGAUGAUGAUGAUGAUGAUGAUGAUGAUGAUGAUGAUGAUGAUGAUGAUGAUGAUGAUGAUGAUGAUGAUGAUGAUGAUGAUGAUGAUGAUGAUGAUGAUGAUGAUGAUGAUGAUGAUGAUGAUGAUGAUGAUGAUGAUGAUGAUGAUGAUGAUGAUGAUGAUGAUGAUGAUGAUGAUGAUGAUGAUGAUGAUGAUGAUGAUGAUGAUGAUGAUGAUGAUGAUGAUGAUGAUGAUGAUGAUGAUGAUGAUGAUGAUGAUGAUGAUGAUGAUGAUGAUGAUGAUGAUGAUGAUGAUGAUGAUGAUGAUGAUGAUGAUGAUGAUGAUGAUGAUGAUGAUGAUGAUGAUGAUGAUGAUGAUGAUGAUGAUGAUGAUGAUGAUGAUGAUGAUGAUGAUGAUGAUGAUGAUGAUGAUGAUGAUGAUGAUGAUGAUGAUGAUGAUGAUGAUGAUGAUGAUGAUGAUGAUGAUGAUGAUGAUGAUGAUGAUGAUGAUGAUGAUGAUGAUGAUGAUGAUGAUGAUGAUGAUGAUGAUGAUGAUGAUGAUGAUGAUGAUGAUGAUGAUGAUGAUGAUGAUGAUGAUGAUGAUGAUGAUGAUGAUGAUGAUGAUGAUGAUGAUGAUGAUGAUGAUGAUGAUGAUGAUGAUGAUGAUGAUGAUGAUGAUGAUGAUGAUGAUGAUGAUGAUGAUGAUGAUGAUGAUGAUGAUGAUGAUGAUGAUGAUGAUGAUGAUGAUGAUGAUGAUGAUGAUGAUGAUGAUGAUGAUGAUGAUGAUGAUGAUGAUGAUGAUGAUGAUGAUGAUGAUGAUGAUGAUGAUGAUGAUGAUGAUGAUGAUGAUGAUGAUGAUGAUGAUGAUGAUGAUGAUGAUGAUGAUGAUGAUGAUGAUGAUGAUGAUGAUGAUGAUGAUGAUGAUGAUGAUGAUGAUGAUGAUGAUGAUGAUGAUGAUGAUGAUGAUGAUGAUGAUGAUGAUGAUGAUGAUGAUGAUGAUGAUGAUGAUGAUGAUGAUGAUGAUGAUGAUGAUGAUGAUGAUGAUGAUGAUGAUGAUGAUGAUGAUGAUGAUGAUGAUGAUGAUGAUGAUGAUGAUGAUGAUGAUGAUGAUGAUGAUGAUGAUGAUGAUGAUGAUGAAAGAUUACUCACAUAAAUUUACCCUUGCAAAGGUAUUCUCGUUUGCUUAUGGUGCUUGCAACAUUCUACAGUCGGUCUUUACAACCCCUGCUCUGUACAGCAUCUGUGUCUGGAACGCAAUGAAGCUGUUGCCGAGCAAGUGGUCGCCAUCGCACGAUCCAGUGUUGAUGUGGAAAAAGUCAGAGGUGUUAGAACAACGAAGGCUAAGGAAAGAAGGAAAACUCCAAGUUGAGAAGCGAGCUGAAGAUCAGAUGCGAACAUAUGCAACGACGCCCGCUCAUAAGAAUUACGUUCCCCUCCUAAUCAGAAAGCGACACAGAACUCGAUGGACGAAAGAAUACGUGAAGGUCAGGCUAGAGAGGAAGUGCUCAAAAUCGGAAAGUUUCUAUACGGUUUAUUCGCGUGAACUCGAUGAAGAACACAUUCAUUUAUAUUCAUCAGGAGUGAAUGAACAAGUCAGCUUUUUGUUCUGGACAUGGGCUAUGCAGACGUCUAGGAAGGACCCUCAAUCGGAACCAGUCAAGCGAAGAGUUCGAGGAGCUGAAAUCGAACGACUAUUGAAACGUUACGAUGAGGUACGCUGUGGCUUGAGGAUACUACCACUUAGACCUCAGCUAGAUUCGACGGAACAAAACAAAUACUAUAUCGCAUUGAUAAACUACAUUGAAAUGUUUGAAAUCGAUCCAUUUCAAACAUGCCUUCUUUCAGCAGCGGAUGGACUAGGGAACACUCAGAGACUGAUGUUUUUCAAAACACCCAUUUAUGUCAUGAAUCCUACGAUCGUUGAACAAAUUCAACAAUCUACAAGCAGUUCACCAGCAGUAUUCCAAAGCGAGGACCCAAGCGUUGAAAAUCAAGAAGAAUUUGAUUCACGAUGGAUGCUGAUGGGAGAAGAGAAAAGAUUUGCACAGAUGAAGGAUUUCGAAGAAAUGGUGUGGGAAAUGGCUAAACAGAAUUACGAUUACAUGGAACGGUCAAGAGCGCUGUGA